AUGCUCGUAAUAGCGACUCGUACUUCCGAAGGGAGAGUCCGUGGUGGAACUUCGCCAGUGGAAAUGAUCGGGGUUAACACAGGAGCUGACGAACGGAGGUUAGAGAAAAGAAGCAUCUUAGUGAUGGUUUUCUUCUCACGACGAGAACAGGUUGUUGUUCGUGUGCGGCCGCUCAGCAACGCAGAAAAGGAUCAGAGAAACUUCCAGUGUGUUUUUCAACUCGACAAACGGCGGUUACUUCUUGUCGAUCCGGAAAAAUACGAAAGUAACAUCCUGCGCCAGAAUCGGCAACAUGAGAGACAAUUUUUGUUUGAUGCGGCCUUUGGACCGAACUCAUCUCAAGUAGACAUUCACACUGCGACCACAUCUCCUUUAGUAGAUUCUAUCGUAGCUGGCUACAACGCAACUGUUUUUGCAUAUGGAGCCACUGGUUCUGGGAAAACAUUUACAAUGAUAGGAACCAAGGAGCGUCCAGGACUGAUGAGUCUGUUAACACAGAAUUUGUACCAGAAAAUCGAUGUUGAGGAGUAUCAACUGCAAUUAUCAUAUCUUGAAAUCUAUAACGAGGUAAUAAAAGAUCUUCUCAGCCCGACUGGUGCGAUGUUGGAUCUAAUGGAGGACGAUAAAGGGAACAUCAGAGUACCUGGCUUGUCAGCGGUUCAAGCUCCAAAUCUUGCACGGGUGCAUUACCUCCACAACGGUUUACCGCAUCAUAGUGGCGUGGAGGUGACAAUGGGCGUCGAACUGCGAUGCACAACGGAGGCUGGGCGACGACCUGUGGUGAAAGCUAAGCUCGCCGUGGCAGGGUUGCUUAGUUUGGGGAGAAGUCUCUUUGCCACUCCAGCAUAUUCACUGCCUCAGUACCCUGCACACUGGGCCCUGCCGUCUCAGACGUCGGACGGUAUGGCGACCGACGCUAACCUGCAUGCCCUUCUCGGAGCUGCAGAGCGUAUCAAAUUUCACGUGAUUGCUCUGCAGGAGACCAAGUGCAGAAGGAGCGACGUACGACAGAUGAAUGACGGUACACUCGUCAUUCGUGGAGAGAAGGUUCCGUCGCGAAAUGUAGGCGGUGUUGGUUUUGUUGUGCACCCAUCUGUCGUCCAUCUCGUCGAUUCUCACGAGAUCCUGUCACCUCGUCUGGCCAUUCUUCGCCUCCGCCCUCUGCGCCAAAAAUCCAUCAGUAUCAUCAACUGCUACUCACCAACAUCAGCAGCUGAUGAAUCCGUAUUGGACGCGUUUUACGAGGAGCUACAAAUUCGUUGUCGAAGAGUUCAACGCAAAACUAGGAAAGGCCACAGAAAAGGAAUACAUAAUUGGAAGAUUUGGACUAGGGGACCGGAAUGA